CGGCCCGGGCGCUGCGGCCUCGCAGACCCAGAGCCGGCCUCCGCCACCCGCGCACCCGGGCCUUGACCCCGCAGCCACGCGCAACCCUUGGCGCUAUGGACCCUGCGCUGGCCGCGCAGAUGAGCGAGGAGGUGGCGGAGAAGGUGCUCCAGUACCGGCGGGACGAGUCAGGAUGGAAGAUUUGCCGGGAAGGCAAUGGAGUUUCAGUUUCCUGGAGGCCAUCUAUGGAGUUUCCAGGGAACCUGUACCGGGGAGAAGGAAUCGUGAACGCGACACCAGAGAAGGUGUGGGGCUGCAUCAAGCCGCUUGCUGGGACCCUUCGGGACAAGUGGGAUGAGAAUGUGAGCAGCUUUGAAAUUAUCGAAAGCCUCACUGAUAUGCUCUGCGUGAGCAGAACCGCCAGCCCCUCAGCCGCCAUGAAGCUCAUUUCCCCCAGAGACUUCGUGGACUUGGUGCUCGUCAAGAAGUAUGAGGAUGGGACCCUCAGUUCCAAUGCUGUCAACGUGGAGCACCCAUUGUGUCCCCUGAAGCCAGGUUACGUGAGAGGCUUUAACCACCCUUGUGGCUGCUUCUGCGAGCCUCUGCCAGGGGAGCCCGAGAAGACCAACCUGGUCACAUUCUUCCAGACCGACCUCAGCGGCUACCUCCCACGGAGUGUGGUAGACUCCUUCUUCCCCCGCAGCAUGGCGGGGUUCUACGCCAACCUGGAGAAAGCCGUGAAGACCUUGUACAACUGACGUUCUCACCUACUGGCCGAGGGCUCCCGUGACUCACGCAGAGCUCCCAAUGGCGGGGUACCGGAGA